UGGUUGCUGAAGGGAGGGCCCUGUGAUUUCUGGCUUUGUGAUUGGCUGCUGGUGUGAGCGCAGCGCGCGGCGUAUUUUCCCGCCUGAGCGAUGUAGUAGUGAGGUGUCGGGCGCAGAGUGUGACGCAGUUCUUGUGCAGCGCUGGUUUUGUUCUCUGUCAGGUCACCGGCUGGAGAGUUGUCUUCUAUUAUAAACCAGAACGAGACUAUUUUAGAGCAAGAUAAUGAUGGAUCAAGAAAUUCCAUUUAAGAUCUUCCCAUUGGCAAGACUAAAUAGUAGUCAUGUAUCUGCUGUUAAACCUGUUGCAGUUGUGGACAAUACAUCGUACUUUCAGAACUUUAAACCUCUGCAAGAAAAGACACAAGACGUUAGCCAUAGCACCCAAGAUUGCUUUUUGCGUAAGAUUUCAUCUUUUAUUGAGGAAGAGAAUACAGAAUCUCUUAAUCCGCUAUAUUCCAAGCUGCAUAGAGAGGCUGAGAAAAUAAAAAAAUGGAAAUCUGUUAUUGAACUUGAAAUGAAGGAAAAGGAAUCAAAACUACAGGAAAAAAGAAAACUGUCAGAUGCUCAGCAAAGGAUCAUUAAAGAGUUGCAAAUUGAAAAUGAAAAGUUGAGACUGAAUAUACAUGAUAUAAUAAAUGAAAAUGAAGACUUAAUAAACCAGACCAAUUCAACAAGACACGUGUGUAAUCUUCUUAAAGAUACUUGUGACAGAGCCACUGAGAAAGCUAAUAUAUGUAUGUAUGAAGUGAUAUCCAGUUUAUUCAAGCUGUUAUGAUGGACAAAUAUUUUUUUUGCUUAAAAUUACACUAAAUGUCCCCCCAAAAAAUCAUACAUCCACUAC